GUGGCGCUCGUGUUCGAUAUUCAAACUGUUCAACGAAGCCUUGUGUGUGCGAGUGCACAGUGGAGCGUACAGAGGACUAAUUAGGGUAUGUUACAUAUAAUCCGCGGCCCGGCGGAAAGAGCAGCCGUCUGCCAAAACUCGUGCCUUAAAAAGACUGAAUUAAAAAAGUUCCUAUUAGUUUUUAAUUAAAAAAAUAAUCGCGCGGUUUUAAAAUUGGAUGGUCGAAUUUUCUAUUCCAAUUGUUGUGCAUUCUUUUUAGUUUAGAUUUAAUUGGAUAGAAUAUCUGUUUUUAUUCUAUAAAAUGAUUUCGAUUUUUUAUGAGGAUCAUAAUGAAUGCACAAAUGCAUGACAUUUAGGUGCAAAAAGUGAAUGUUAAUGUGUUUUUAUCAUCAGACCAAACACAUCCACUUGUUUUGGCGAAGAAGACGCAACCAAACGUGAACCAUGAAGUACCCCCCCACCAUGCAGCGCCUGGGCGCCCCCAAGCCGCAGCUACUCUCCCACCAUUCCGACUACACCGCCGGCGAGACGGUCGGCGGGCUCAGCGUGCUGUUCACUGUGCUCUGCAUCGUGGACUUGUUCGGCGUGUUCCCGGUCAUCGCGCUGCCCAAGAGCGUUAUCGCGUGCGGUUACUACGGUAUUCCACUGGUGCUGGCGGUAUUCGGGCUGCAGAUAUACACGUCGAUGCUGCUCGGUCGCUGCUGGAUCCUGGCGCGACAGAUAGCGCCCGAUAUCCGGGAGAAAAAUAGGUAUCCGUACGCCGCUGUCGCAGAGUUAGCAUUUGGACAGCACGCCAGGCGCCUGGUGACGUUCCUCAUUGACGCCACGGUCUUCAGCGCUGGCGUGCCCAACUUUAUAGUCGCAUCCCAAAGCAUGCAGCUUUUCUGGUGGAAAAUCACUGGAGGCCAGGUCGGCAUCUCCUACUGUGUGUGGAUGAUUAUCAUCGGCCUGUUACUCUGUCCAGUCAUGUGGCUCGGCUCUCCUAAGGACAUGAAAACGCUAGCAGUAACAUCUGUGGGCAUCGUGUCAACUGUCGCCCUCUGCGUAUGGACCUGCAUCCUGCUGGACGACUCGUCUCCACCCAGCGCUGGUCUUCUAGAACAGCCGCAGCUGCAAGACCUGGUUGUGGCUUACGGCAUCAUAGCUUUCCAGUUCGACAUCCAUCCUAUGCUCCUAACCAUCCAAGUGGACAUGAAAGACAGUCGCAAGAUCAACCGCGCAGUACUAUGCGGGUUCACCUUCACCGGAGCUCUGUUCGCCGUCACAUCAGCCCUAGCUGCGUACCGCUACGGCAGUGCCGUCGAGAGCAACAUACUGCAAGGCAUCCCGCCCUCAAUAGCACUCUUCGUGGUAGCACUGCUGGUGACCCUCCAACUCUGUCUCUCCAGCGCCGUCGGCAACUCUGCGCUCUUUCAACACGUUGAGGACCUUCUGCAUAUACCUAGAGAUUUCAGUAUCCAACGCUGCCUCCUCCGCUCCAGCAUCGUGGCUCUAGCAGUUUUCCUCGGAGAGAGCGUCCCCAGCUUCGACGUGGUCAUGGGACUGGUCGGCUCCACACUAACCGGCCCGCUCAUGUUCAUAUUCCCACCCCUCUUCUUCCUAAAACUGUGCCAUGCUAAAUCUAACCUCAAAGAUAAACAAAAUGGCGGAUAUGGAGGAAUACAAAAUGGCGACGCGUUACCGCUCAUUCACAACGCGUUAGAAACUCAAUACAAAACUUUUAUCGAAUCCCAUGAGGAUUUUUACUCUAAAAUAGAGCAGUAUAAGAUUAAAUGGUACGAUAUAUUGCUGGCAGUACUAGUGAUGUCUAUGGGGAUGUUAGCGACGGUGAUAUCAACGUAUUCGAGUUGGUCGGGCGCCGUGAACUCCGCGACGUUUUCGACGCCUUGCUUGUAUAAUGCCACGGCGGCUGCGAUCAACUUUUUGGAGGCGACUACUAAAAUAUAAUGUGAUCUCAGUAAUAAACAUUUAAGAGUGCUUGGUUAGGGAUUUAAAAAAAUGUUUGACGUGAUUAUAAGCUUUGCUUUGGGUUAUAAGAGUAAAAAUAAUAAUGUAAGCUUUUGGUA